CACAGUUUAUUAUUUGGCACCGAGGCGCACAGGAUCCGCUGCCCGCCGCCGGGGACAGACCCACAGAGACGCACCGGGAGCCUCGUGGCACAAACUCACCGUUAGAAAAUGACCGUGGAGAGAAUAUUCGACGAGCUCGGACAUUUCAAAAGAUUUCAGGCAUGCCUGUACUUCGCAGCAGUCUUCCAGGCAAUAGCUUGUGGGAUCCACUACCUGGCCUCGGUCUUCUUGGUGCAGACGCCAAACUUUGUGUGCAGUGCGCAAGGCAACAUCACCGAUGUCCUGUAUGGUAACCUCACGGCAUCUAGCUUGGAAGAAAUCCUGCCAGUUUUCAAGCCGGGGACCGGGCCCCUGGUGGUGAGGACGGUUGAGGGAGAUCAGUGGGAGCUCAGCCAGUGCCGCUGUGCCUUGCGCAUGAACCCAGAAUCCUUCACGUAUAACUUUGAUGGCAACAAGACAGUGAAAGCCUGCGAUGGGAACUUUAUUUAUGACCUCACUGAAGUUCAGAGCAUAGUGACGGACUGGGACUUGGUGUGUGAGAAGGAGUGGUUAGCCAAGCUGUGCCAGCCCACCUUCAUGGUGGGGGUGCUAAUCGGAGCGCUGGUGUUCGGGGACAUUGCAGACAGACUUGGCCGUGUGAGGAUCCUGAUGUUCACCAGUCUCUGCCAGUUUGGACUCGGAGUGGCUGUGGCAUUUUCUGGAAACUACUACUUUUUUAUGGUGCUCCGCUUCCUCCUCGCCAUGGUAUCAAGUGGCUACCUCGUGGUGGUGUUUGUCUACGUCACAGAGUUCACUGGCAUCAAGGUUCGCACAUGGACCUCUAUGCACGUGCAUGCUGCCUUCGCUGUGGGCAUCAUGGUGGUGGCUCUGACCGGUUACCUGGUGCGGGUCUGGUGGAUCUACCAGAUCAUCCUCUCCACGUGCACCUCACCCUUCCUGCUCCUCUGCUGGAAGUUCCCUGAAACGCCCUUUUACUUGGUGGCCAAGGGCCAUUACAAGGAAGCUCAGUCCCUGCUGGACAAGAUCGCCCGCUUCAACGGCCUUCAGUGCAAGUUGAAGGUGCAGGAGCUCCUGGAGCCAGAGGAGAAGGUGAACGGCAAACCUCUGCUGGAGGAGGCGGAGGAGCGUCCAGCGCAGUCCGAGAAGAAGCUGUCCAUCCUGGAUCUGUUUGGUAGCUGGAGGAUGGCGGGCCGCACGUGCACAGUGUGGGCCAUCUGGUUCAUCGGCAGCCUGGGCUACUAUGUCUUCUCUUUGGGCUCAGUCAACCUAGGAGGGAACCAGUAUGUUAACCUCUUCCUGGCUGGUGCAGUGGAAUUUCCCUCCUAUCUAGUUGGCUGUUUUGCAAUGGACCGGAUUGGCAGGAAGAAGACUUGUGCCCCAGCUCUGCUUCUGGCCGGAGUCGCUUGCAUGCUCAUCAUUGUGGUACCUGCUGACAUUGAAGCGCUGGCCAUUGCUCUCUGUAUGACAGGGAAGUUCGCCAUCGCUAUCGCCUUUGGCCUCAUCUACCUGUACACCUGUGAGCUUUACCCAACCAUCAUCAGGUCUCUGGCAGUGGGUAGUGGCAGUAUGAUGUGUCGUGUUGGCAGCGUGGUGGCCCCCUUCUGUGUGUAUCUGGCUGAUGUGUGGAUCUACCUACCUCAGCUCAUCGUGGGGAUCCUGGCAUUCGUUAUCGGAGUUCUGACAAUGUUGUUGCCUGAGACCCUGGGCAAACCUCUAACAUCCACUCUGGAAGAGGCCGAAGCUCUGGGACGCAAGCCCAGCAAGAAGAACUCAGCCCUGGGCAAUAAAGAUGCUGAGGACGGGUUGGAGAUGAACCAACAUGAAGUAAAGGCCUGAGCUGUACACCGCUGGAAAACCAGAGAGACUGACGCACAGAGAAGCUUUGGACGAAUAAAAAAUGAAGGAAAACGAGAGGAGGUGACGGCUGCCAGAAACUGAAAUAGUAACAUCAUUGAUUUAGUAGAUUGUUGGAAAAAAAAUGAAAAAAGAAAAAACAUGAAGCUUUUCAUCAGAACUUGUUGAGAUGAUGUGUUUUUUUCCACAAAGUGACCAACAAUUUAAGGGUCCUGGGACAUUACACAAACCCUCCUGCACGCACACAGAUCACAGUCAUGUAACAAUCGGUCACACAUACAGUGCAAUCACAGCAGUCCAUGAAGAAAAUCAUAUGCUUUGUUUGUGUGUGUGUGUGUGUGUGUGUGUGUGCGUGUGUGCGUGUGCGUGUGUACAAGAACAAGGAAUCAUGAAGGAUAUUAAGAGAUCAUUUUUAAAUGACAAUUUGGGUCUUAGUUUUGUAGUUUUGCCAAAGAUUUCUAUCAGCCAUGAGAACUUUGUACUCACCAAAGGAAUUGCCGUGAUCUGGUAGUGAUGGGACAUAUAGCUAUAGGGCAAGAAACUCCAGGAGUUUAGCCAAAUUAUCCAAACUGCUUUCAGCCUCGGUCACACAGAGAGUGUUUUAGCAGCUAGAGGCGGCUUUUUUGUAAUUGUUAUUAAUGAGAAUGAAGGUUUUUGCUCACUGUUUUUGCUUUGGGAUGCACCCUAAAAUAUGCCUAGAAAAGGUGAUCGUCGAGGUGAAGCUCCUGGACUAACUGUUGGUACUCCCCGUGAUCCACCCACAGCUCUCUGUUUCCUUGUGCCCAACAAACUAUUUGCUGACAGCCUCUCACCCUCAACCAGAGCUACAGCAAGUACCCUCUGCCUGAACGUUUUAGGAACUAGAUACUAAUUAGUGGUUCAGCUUUUGCAGUGAUGCGGGCGCUGCGCCGGACCAUCGUGAUGAAGAACGAGCUGAGCCGGAAGGUGAAGCUUUUGAUUUACUGGUCCAUCUAUGUCCCAACCCUCACCUAUGGUCAUGAGCUCUGGGUAGUGACUGAAAGAACGAGAUCACGGAUACAAGCAGUGGAAAUGAGUCUCCUCUGCGGGGUGGCUGGGCUCAGCCUUAGAGAUAGGGUAAGGAGCUCGGACAUCCGGAGGGAGCUCGGAGUAGAGCGGCUGCUCCUUUACGUUGAAAGGGGUCAGUUGAGGUGGUUCGGGCAUCUGAUCAGGAUGCCUCCUGGGCACCUCCCUUUGGAGGUGUUCCAGGCACAUCACACUGGUUGGAGGCCCCGGGGCAGACCCAGAACAUGCUGGAGGGAUUACAUAUCUCAUCUGGCCUGGGAACACCUUGGGGUCCCCCAGGAGGAGCUGGCGAGGGACGUCUGGGGUUCUUUGCUUGGCCUGCUGCCCCCACGAACCGGCCCCAGAUAACUGGAUGAAAAUGGAUGGAUGGUAGAUUGACUACACAAAGUUAGGGUAAGGAGGUGUUGGCGUGGUUGCGUGGUAACAAUUCAAAGGCGCAAAAAGUUUUUUGUUUUUUUUUUUACUGGUGGCAUUCAAUUAUUAUAAAAAAAGGCAGUAUGGUACGCCUCUGUGUGAUUGGGGCUUUCGAUCGGUCAAAGUUAAACCAGAAAAUGUUAUGGAUGUUAAUAUCAUACAGUUUGGGUAAUGAUUCUGCUGUUUAAUUGUUAUCUUUUUAUCUCAGAUUAUGAAUACAAUGUUGUUAGGACAGAUAGAAAAAAACCUGCAAAAAUAAGACCCAAGUUGUACUAAACAUAUGCACUGUGAUUUAUUUACCUCUCUGAAACAGUAAUCAUGAAUGAAGGACAUGAUGUGCCUCUCUUUCUGGAACAUAUAGUAUUAAAGCUUCCAGAUUCAAUUUUAUCUCAUUUCCAUGAUACAAACAACAGAAUUUUCUAAUAAAGAAGAACCUUAUUUUUCAUUUUAAGGUCACCUUUUUAUUAUUUUCAACUCUGUUUUGUUUGUUUAGUGUUUUAAAUCUCAGGGCAUCCAGUUUUGGAUAUCACUGUGAAAUAAGCAUACCUUUUACUUUUACACUUAGUUUAAUAGUAUGCCCAAUUGCCUAGCUUUAACUUUGUUAAAUGGUGUGAGUGUGUGCCAGUGUGUGUGCUCGUGUGUGUUAGUAAGUACAACAUUUGGUGUCCGAGUUUUCUACAUGCUUAUUCUGUAUAUGUAAUCUAGAUGCUGGACAUACCAAAGGAAAUGUAUAUAGAAUAAUACUACAAUAUGUUCAAGAGUCAAGAUGUGAUCUCCAGAUGUUUGGACCAAAGACGAACGAACCACAGCAGUGUGGAGAUGUAUUGACCUGCUUUGCAAUACUGUAGGAUACAACUAGUGUGUUUUAUGUUUCUUAUGCAACCAGUAUGGUGCAUUCAUCUGAAGGAAAACAACAAAUCAUGACAAAGAGCUGAUAUCCAAACAGUGAUGGUGACGAAAGUGCUCAGGCUCAGUAUUCAAUCAUGAGUUUUACAAUCAACAGUAUGAUUUUUUUGUAUGAGUAAUGUCUUUGUUUUAUUAUGAACAAAAAAAUAAAAUGGCUAACACCGCA